CCGUCUCAGAUUCCCCCUCCCAUUUUUGUUCCCAUGGGAUUGUAAGCAAAAGCAAAAGUUCCUCUCAAGAAAGAAGAGGAAAAGAAAUACCUGAAAAUCAUAUAAAAAGAAGAAAAAUCCCAUGGGGCCAUGCAUGUCCAUACCAAGAAGAAGCGUCCUCUUCAGGAGGCGGGAUCAGAGGCACGGCCAGCAGAAGCUGAACGAAAAGGGCGGCGGCAAGGGCGGGCCGCGGCCCCUGCGGCUGUCGCGGCCCAUCCAGGUGCUGUGGGAUCCGACGGGAAACGACAUCUUCAACAAGUAUAGGCUGGGGCGGGAGCUCGGGAGGGGCGAGUUCGGGGUGACGUACGAGUGCUUCAACGACGCGACGGAGGAGAAGUUUGCGUGCAAGAAGAUAUCGAAGAGCAAGCUGCGCACGGACGUGGACGUGGAGGACGUGCGCAGGGAGGUGGAGAUCAUGAGGCAUCUCCCCAAACACCCUAAUAUUGUGAGUUACAAGGAGGUUUAUGAAGAUAAAGAGGCCAUCUAUUUGGUGAUGGAGGUGUGUGGGGGUGGUGAGCUCUUUGAUAGGAUUGUUGCAAGAGGCCAUUACACUGAGAGGGCUGCUGCUCAAGUCACCAAGACCAUUCUUGAGGUCGUCAAGGUAUGCCAUGCUCAUGGAGUCAUUCACAGAGAUCUUAAGCCUGAGAACUUUUUAUAUGCAAACUCUUGCGAAAAUUCUCCCUUGAAAGCCAUUGAUUUUGGGCUUUCCAUUUUCUUCGAACCAGGUCAAAGAUUUACAGAGAUAGUUGGGAGCCCAUAUUACAUGGCACCAGAGGUGCUGAGGCGCAAUUAUGGAGCAGAAGUUGAUAUUUGGAGUACAGGUGUGAUUCUUUACAUUCUUCUGUGUGGAGUUCCUCCUUUUUGGGCAGAAACAGAAGAAGGAAUAGCACAGGCAAUUGUGUACGGACAGAUAGAUUUCAAGAGGGAUCCAUGGCCUAAAGUUAGUGAGGAAGCUAAAGAACUCGUCAAGGGCAUGCUGGACCCCACUCCCUUCAGUCGUCUCACCGUUGAUCAAGUCCUACAACACCCAUGGAUACAAAAUGCUGACAAAGUUUCAAACGUUCCUUUGGGCGACCGCGUAAGAACAAGAAUCAAGCAGUUCUCUUUGAUGAAUAAAUUCAAGAAGAGAGUCCUAAGAGUGGUGGCAGAAAACUUGCCCGACGACCAAGUAGAUGGCAUCAAAGAAAUGUUCCACAUGAUGGACACAGAUAAAAACGGGCACCUUAAUUUCCAAGAAUUGAAAGACGGGUUGUACAUGAUCGGCCAGCCCGUCCCCGAUCACGACGUCCAGAUACUGCUCGAUGCCGCUGAUCUUGACGGAAAUGGGACGCUAAGCUGUGAAGAGUUUGUGACGUUGGCUGUUCACUUGAAAAAGAUCAACAACGAAGAGCUUUUGCGAGAAGCAUUUCUGUAUUUCGAUAAAGAUGGGAGUGGAUACAUUGAGUUCGAGGAGUUGCAAGAAGCUUUGUUGGACGAUCAUUUUGGCCCCGCCAACGAGCAAGUCAUACAUGACAUUAUCUACGAUGCCGAUGUCGACAAGGAUGGGAGAAUCAGUUACCCGGAGUUCAAGGCCAUGAUGACGACGGGAAUGGAUUGGAAAAUGGAAUCACGGCAGUACUCACGGGCUAUGCUUAAUGCUCUUAGCUGCAGACUCUUUAAUAAGGAUACCUCUAUUUGAGAUUAAUUCGAUCUUCCUUGUUUUUUCUUUUUCUUUUUCUUUUUUUCGCGCCCAAUAUGUCCUCUAAAGUUGGUUUAAUGUUCAAGUUUGGCCAACUUAUAAUGUUGGAUGCGUUUCUUCAUUCUCUAUAAUUUAUUUUUUCUUUCUUUUUUGGGAUGAAUAUUGAAUAGAGAGUGAGUGAUCAUUUCCAAGAUAGACGUACCAUUUGCUGCAUUAUUUUUGGUGCGGAACCGGAGGUUAAUACUAUAUUUAUUGGAAACUUCUGUUUUGUAUCGCA